AUGAUGAAGGGGAAGAAAAAAGAGAAACAAAACAGAGAAAUGACAGAAAAAGAAAAAGAAGCACUUUACAGGAAGAUUUCUUCUAGGAUGACAGCCGAUCCUAUUAUGGAUGACUUCUUAAGACCUGAAGUUUUGCCAUUUUUAAUUUUUUAUGAAACUCCAGAAGUAUUAAGUGCGCUUUAUAUCAUGGAGAAACUAUAUCCUCAUUGGAAAGAGAUCGUUGAAAAAGCACCAAUUUUUAUUGAAGACAUGCAUAAAGAAUUAGAUAACUUAGAUAAAAUUUUCGACAAAUACGAAAAGAAGAGCGAGACAGAGCAUCCGUUCCCUCUCAACUAUAUCAACUUAGACAUAUACAGAAAAUAUGCAACUCUCUAUCCAAUUUGGAUAAGUACCAAACAUAAUCUUUUUGCAACAAGAAGAGCAAUUCUUAUUCAACGCGUAGAAAUUCUUCAGGCAUUAUACAAUAUUUGUGCAUAUCUCCUUGAAAAUCCUCGUUACAUCGCGGUCAGGUCUUACACUGCCUUCCAAGACUGGAAAUCUCUUGAAGCAGAUUUGAUGCCAACGCAGUACAUAAAAUACCACAGCAUUAAAUUCGCUGUUUAUGACUUGGCAUAUCAAAAUAAAUGUUUGCCAAGACCAUUUUCCAAUAAAGAGCAAAAUGUAAGCUUACUUUCUCACAUCGUUACAAAUUGUAUUGCUGCGAUCGAUCCGGCAAGCGGAUACAUUCCAUUUACUGAUGAUUAUUACGUAUUUUCUUAUUUCCUCGAAUCCAAGGUCUCUCCAUUUAAUAUAGCGCAGAAAAUACAGAUACAGGUAACAGCUGAAGACAUUCCAGGAUACGCAAGUGAAAUGAAUCAAGCAAUUGCCGAAUUUAUUGGAAUUGACGAGCAAAAUCCUGAUCAGGAAUCGAUGAUGAGGGUCAUCAACCAACUCUGUGUACGAUACUUAUUCGAUAAAUACUUCUUGAUUGAACUCGAAAGAAAGACAAACGAAAAAUUUGAAGCAAAAUUUGCCGAAAUGAAGAAUCUUACGCUAACUCAACUUGGUCUCAAUAAGCCAUUUAUUCCUCAGGAGUUCCAUGACUUAACUUGCUCGCAAUUUACAGAAAAAGAACAAUAUUUGUUAAAAGCACAAGAAUUCUUUGAUUUAGUAGUUUUCCAGACAUUCCCUUCAGAACUUUCGCAUUUGUUAUACCAGGUAGGACUCUGUCUUGGAGCUUGUAUUGCUCAAUGGACAAAUACUUCGUUUGAUGCCUCGAAAUCCUUCGAUGACUUGAUUGUUCUAUGGAAGAUCGUAUUCCUUUCAACCAACUGCGAAGGAUUUUAUUGGUUAAUUACAGCUCUCGAACAUUAUUCAAAAUUAAAUGUUAUUACACAAGAAGAAGCCAAUUCUUCGUUAGUUCCAAGAGCUCUGAUAAUGAUGAUGUCCCAAGAUUAA